AUGCCUUCUACUACUCUUAAAUGGCUAAGCCUUGUGCCCAUUAUUUGGCUCCAAGCCAUAAAUGGGACAAACACCGAUUUCCCUGCUUACUCUUCCCAGUUGAAGGAGCUUCUUUCUAUUUCCCAAGUGCAUCUCAAUAACCUUUCUUUUGCCUCUGAUGCAGGGAAACUUUUUGGCUGGUUUUCUGGCCUUGCUUCUCUUUACCUACCUCUCUGGCUUGUCCUCGUAAUCGGUUCGAUUCUCGGAUUAAUCGGCUAUGGAGUGCAAUAUCUCUUCAUAACAAACCACAUUGCCUCUCUAUCAUAUUGGCAUGUUUUCUUGCUAACUUUUCUGGCUGGAAAUAGCAUUUGUUGGAUCAACACAGUUUGCUUUGUUGUUGCCAUAAGAAACUUUCAAUCUGAUAGUCAAGUUGCUGUGGGGUUAACAAGCAGUUACCAAGGACUAAGUGCAAAGAUUUAUACCAAUAUUGUUGAAGCUGUUUCUCCACACAAAAAAGCUAGAACCUUUCUCUUCCUGAACUCUCUCAUACCAGUGGUAUUUAGCCUAAUAGCAGCUCCUUUUGUCAGAGAAAUUGAAUCCACAAGUUCCAAGAACACAAGUGUUGGGUUUGCUGUUAUGUUUGUUAUCACAAUUGGCACUGGAAUAUAUGCUGUGAUGAGCAGCUUGCAAUUUGUCACAAGCAAAACUUCCUCACUUGGAAUCCUGAUUGGUCUUGUAGUGUCCCUUCUCUUGCUUCUACUAGUCCCAGUUUCUGUGAAGAUGAAGGAACUAGCAGGGUCAUGUCACAAAAAUUGGGAAAGACUUGGAGUCUACUAUUUUACUAUGGAGGAGGGUACUAAUGGAGAGAGGGUGAAAGAGGGUGAACAUAGAAUAGAAGUUUCAGAGGUUGGUGUUAUGGAGGAAAUUGGAGUGAAAUUAAUGCUCAGAAGAGUAAAUUUCUGGUUAUAUUUCUUUGUCUAUCUUUUUGGAGCAACAAUUGGUUUAGUUUUUCUUAAUAACUUGGGACAAAUAGCUGAAUCCAGGGGUUGCUCUGCCACUUCAUCUUUGGUGUCUCUAUCUUCAUCUUUUGGGUUCUUCGGCCGUCUCAUACCGUCUCUCAUGGAUUACUUCUAUAGGUAUCGUACAAACAAAACAGACAUUGCUCUAUACACCAGCACUGCAGUGAUUGGCGUGUGCACUGGAGCAAUUACUUCCAUAGCUGUUUCCACAACAACUGAGUUAUUUGGAACCAAACAUUUCUCAGUGAACCAUAAUGUGGUCGUGGCCAACAUCCCCAUUGGUUCUUUUCUAUUUGGCUACUCAGCUGCACUUCUUUACCAUAAGGAAGGGCAUGAACAUGUGAAAUGCGUAGGCAUGAAGUGCUACAAUCACACUUUUCUCAUCUGGGGCUCCGUUAGCUUGCUUGGAACUGUCUUGGCUUUGAUUCUUCAUGCUAGGACUCGCAAAUUUUAUUCACAGAAAUAA